AUGACUCCACCCACGCUUAACAAGAACACAAUAACCCCUAGAGUCUCCUCAUUUCUACCUACUACAACUGGCCCUAGAGCUCACCCUUUAACUCGGUUACCCGUCUCAGUUUCAAAUCAGCAGCAUCGAUCUAUGCUGCGCCCAUCACUUGAUCGCAUUGGACCAUAUGUCCACUACAGCUCCCAAGAUGUGACAAUCCAGCCAGAUUAUAUACCUGGUAUUCAAUCCAAUGUGUACGAUAGUCGAGGCGGAGAGCGACCUCAGGGUAUGGUGGAUAGUUAUCCUGCUGGCGCUGAUGAUUGUGAGACUAAUAUGCAACAACAAGAGCAACAAUCCAUGACUCCUUUUAACGUUCGAGCCAAUAAUCUUUCAAUGCAGUAUCAGCCUAACCCAUACAGCUCUGAUCUUUCUCCACAACAACAGCAGUGCUUGUCUGAUCAACAAAACUCUGUGGUUGAUUCAAUGAGCAAUAGCAACCAUUCGGCAACAACGAUGAGGCGUGAACGGGCUGCCUACAUCUAUAGUAGCAAUGGCCAUAACUAUAAUGACCUCUUUGGGGCACCUAAAUAUCAGAACCAGAGCCAAGGCCAGAAUCAUAGGCAGAGGGAUGGCAGAAAAGAAGUAAAAUUCAUGGAUAUAGUCGAGUUUAUUCCCGCACAUCGCAAUGCAGAAUAUAACCGACGGGCAGAUGAGAAUGCUACCUUCAAGAAACUGACUACGGCAAUGAAGUCUGAAAUCAAAGACGAGCUUAAUAGCUACAAGAUGAAGGAGAUGAUGCAUUGCAACGACUUUAACAGAAAGUGUGGGGUGGCACGGUUGCACAAACAGAAAAAUCUAAUUGAGGAAAUCAAUGAUCAUUUCUGUAUUCUGCCUAUAGACUAG